GUUGUCUUGACAAUGCUGGAGGGAAACUCAGCCGUAGGGACCGCGAAGAUUAUAACAAGUGGAUUUGAUAAGUACCCCAGAGAAAGAUAACGAUUCAGUAAGACAGUUUUGACUUGAGUGAUAAUGGACACCCAGCGAGUCUAGGAGCAGCAGCGGAACCACGGAGCCCGGUUUCGCUUCAUCUCUUCGGAUCGGAAUCACUGCGAUGACCGAGUCCUCCAAACCGCCCUCAGGGAGGAGAAUGAAGGCACGUGCCCCGGCUCCGCCGCAGGCCCCUCUGCCCGCCCCACGCCACGUAUUUAGAACCGUUGGCCCUGAUAGGGGAGGGACAUCUGGCGUGGACACCAAGGAGAACAUGCUGAGGGCCACUAUGGAUUUACAGUUGACCCUCCCAGGGGGAAACCAGACUUCAGUAACUGAGGACGGCAGCAAGGCGCUGAUGGACCUGCUGGUCGAGUUGUGCAGCCGCCACCACCUGACUCCGGCCCUGCACACCCUGGAGCUGCUGUCGCCCGAGGGCCACUCUUUGGGCUUCAAGCCCAACGCUCUGCUGGGCUCCCUCGACGUGGCCUGUGUCCUCAUUAAGGAGAAAGUCUGGGAGGACAGAGUGGUGCGCAGACCCGCGCCCAAAGUGCCAGAGAAAACUGUGCGUUUGAUGGUGAACUACCACGGCAGCCAGAAGGCAGUGGUACGAGUCAACCCGUUUGCACCACUACAGGCUCUGGUACCGGUCAUCUGUGACAAGUGCGAGUUUGAGCCUGCACAUGUGCUCCUCCUGAAGGACGGCAUCAGCCGCCGCGAGUUGCCGCUGGACAGAUCUCUGACCGAGCUGGGGAUCAAGGAGCUCUACGUGCACAACCAGAGUCUAGUUUUCCAGCCUAAAAGGGCUUCCGCUCCAACUCUUAACUACUCAGACUCCAUUAGCUCCAGUACUACCAGUUUGAACAGAGCAGAGAAGAAAGGCCUUUUGGGUAUCUUCCAAUUCAGCAGAAGAAAAACUAAGACUGACACAACGUCUAUGGACACGGAUGACUGUGAUGAUAAAGCUGUCCAAGUAACAGCCCCUCCAUCUAAUGGUCUGUCCACCGCGUCAGGGGCCGUCAACGUAGAAGAUCGGCCGAGCACCUUGGGCCAAUCUCAGUCCGUCAUGAACAUACCGAGGAUGUCUCCCAAGGCUGAAACCAAGAAGAGGAGGGCGCCGGCACUCCCCGGAGCCACAACACCCACCACGGGACCCGGUAGCUUUGAGGGCUACGAGAUGGGCCUGGGCUCAGAAAGCCAGCAGAGGAAGAGAAAGGCCCCCGCCCCUCCUCCCACCCCAGCCUCGACCUCCCCGGGCCCUGACGGCACUUCGACCUCUGCCGCUUCCUCCCCUGACAGCGCCGCCGCCGGGAGAGCCAGCCCGGCCUUCUGUAACGAGGCGGCUCCAUCGCGCGCCGCGCCCGCGGCGACCCCCGUGAAAACGGCGCCACCAGCAGACCCUUCACCCGGGGGCUCUGCCAGCUCGACCCCCGGUUCCCCGACGCCGAGCAGCAGCACCGCCGACAGCCUGGCUGUCCAGGACUCCAGCUCCGAACUCAGCCGCAGCCUCGACGACUCGGACGCCGACUCGGAGCGGGCUGCUUCGUCCUGCAGCAGCCUCUCCAGCAGCGCCGGCGGCGCGCCUGUGAAAAGCUCCGCCAAAAGGGCGGAGCCGGAGGCAUCGGAGAAGGCCAGGUUGGGCCGAGAAGCGACCUCGGCGAGCAGCUCCAGGUCGCAGAGCGAGUCGGCCCUGAGUCUGAGACGGGACGACGUCGAGAACCACCGGCACAGCGCAAUGGCUUGGCUGCACUCCAAGCAAGGCUCCACAGCCAGGUGCCGGAAACCCGAAACACCCGAGGAAGAGACCAUGUCUUCGGGCGGCAGCAGCAGCAGCCUCCCCGACCAGGGUUAUGCUGCCUCUGAGGGAGCCGUGGAGGGGGAGGACUCGGGCAUUGUCAGCUGUCCAUCUGAUACCCAGCACACGUGGCCAGAUGGGAGCUUGUCUCGGGAUGGGAGGAGCGGAGGAGGCAGAGUGUCGGGCCCAGUGCGCGACAAUUCCAGUGACAGCGAUGAGGGAUGUGCCACCUGGGGAUCAAGGCACAGACACAAUGACAUUAGCCCACAGGCGAAGUCGGGCAGGUUGAAAGACUGCUAUGAAGAUGAUCCGGAGCUCACAGCCCAGCUUCAUCAGACUUUAGCAGAUUUUGAAGCUGACCUUGCAGAUCACAUAGAUAUCGUAUCAUCGAAGAAUACCCCCUAUACCUUGUCAACCGAUAGUAAUGAGGUGCCAGUGUCUGUGGUGGACAUGGAUGUGCCAGUCACAGCCAUAGAUGAAGUAUUGGAGGACUAUGAACGCCACGAGACAACGUCGCUAACCCGGAUUGAGCCAACUCGCAGGAAUGGUCCAGGCCAGUCCAGCGUGAAGACACAGAACCAAAACAACAACGCUUGCACAGCUGCUGACCGUAAUAAAAGUAGCAGUGCACAUCAUCCAAAGCCGUCUCAACCUAAGCAGCACAGGGCGCCACUGGAGAACAAGCCUACAGCUGACAAAAAGGAAAAAAAGAUGCUGGGGACAAAAACGCAGGAGAUGAGCACCGCCGAUAGCAGCAAAGACCAAAGGGCCACAUCGGCAGCUGACCCACGGAAACUCCGCAGGGACGACCAGGUCAGACGUGAUCUUGUGAAAGGCAACGCUCAAUCUUUUCAAGAGAAGAGAUCUGCUCUUCCACCAACCGGUCAGAGACCACUUCCCCCGGGGGCGGACGAAGAGGCGCACAGAGUUCACCCGGAUAACUCCGGCCCGACGGGUAAAAUCACUCGCAACGUCCCGUCGCGCUUCGGCAUGAAAACUUUCACUGUGGUGCCGCUGAAACCUGCCGUCGUGCACGCUGCCGCGGGGGAGCCGGCCGACAAACUAACCAUCGGCGCCAUUAAGAUCGACGAUCAAGGAAACAUGGUGAAAGGGGCUGUCUCGCGGAACAAAGCCGGCGGCGGUUCAUCGGAGUCUUCCAUUCAAUCCAGUGAGGGGUCUCCUCUUCUUGGAAAAGCCAAAGCUUUCUGGAGUUCAAGUGAGAGACAAGAAAGCCAUUUGCCCCACUGCAACAGCUCGGAUGGCCUGAAAGGGACUUCACCCGCUUUGAGAAGAAGCACGGCCCAGGAUCUGAAAAUGACGCAGAAUUCAUUCUCUAAACAGGCAGAGAAAACCCAGCCCAAAGGGAUGGUCAAAGAGGAAGCUGAAGAGCCCAGCAGAGCCGUCAAAGUUACAAAAGGAGAACGCGUAGAGGUGGAAAGCAAGAUCACAGUGUCCAAAAGUGUACAAGAGCCAAGUAGUAAACCUGCCCUUCCCCCUACUGUCCUUCCACACCCGAAAAAAGACCCGUCCUUUCUCAAACCAUCCAGGCAAACCUCCAGCCAAUACAUGGCCUCUGCCAUCACCAAGUCCACCCCAAAGCACCACAUGCACCCCUCAGCUAAACCCGGCCAUGUCCCUAAUGUUCAAGCCUCCUCCGCGUCUCUGAAAUCACAGACCUUUGAUUUCCACAGAUCAGGCCCGUCCAUUAAAGUAAAUCCACACCAAUCCUCCCAGUCAUCUUUGUCAGAUAACGACUUGGCUUCUAAAUCCCACCCGCCGGAUCCUAAGAGGUCCAUGAGCUACCCAAAGUAUGGGUCAGAUAGCCGGAGGGAUUUAGGAGAAGUGAGAUUGGACACGGGGAGGUUUGGAAGUGCUGCAGGAUCCACCAAAGGAAGCUCUAAUACGCUGGAAACAGGAACCGCUUUGAAUAAGCACGUUCAGUCCGGUGGCCCCGCCCAAAGAAACCUGAUUGCCAGUAAUGACAGCAAUAGUUUUAAACACGUUCGGCUCAGAAGCUCCAGCCCUGCACAAAGCAGUCCUCUACACACAUCUGCCAAACCCCCCACAGUACCCGAGACUGUCCCCCAAGGCCUGACAAGUAACAAGAACGCCGUGACCACGGCAGCCGCCCAUCUGACCCCUGAUGCUAAAACACAGCCUUCCGUCACAGCGUCAGAAAAAGGGGUGACCCCUGGGCCUCUGCCGGGUACCUUGUUCGGACCGGUUCAAAAGUUCCGACCAGUGAUUUCCAGAUGUGCUGACAAAGACACAACGCUCCACAGCAGCCUGAUGGAGGCGAUCCAGACGGGCGGAGCCAGAGACAGGCUCAAGACGAUAACCACUGAAGGUCUCAGCAGCAUGAAGAAAACCUCUUACGUGGAGGAGGAGAAUGAGAGAUCUGCUCUUCUGGCUGCCAUUAGAGCCCAGAGCAGCUCCGGAAGGCUGAGGAAGACCAAAUCUGUGGUGGCUAAUGAGCUUCUAAAGUUCAAGGAGGUGGCCUCUGAGAUGGAGAGAGAAGCAGUCCCUCCUCCUCUUCCCUGUCCUCCUUCUCUUACCGGAUCCGUUGUUCCCCUCCCACCGGCGCCACCAGUACCCAUCAUUCCACCUCCACCUCCUCCCCCUGUCUCGCCCCAGGCGAAGUCUAGCACUGUGGGACGCCGAGGUGCUUCCAGCCCCACGGACCCUGCCUUGGCCAGGGAUGCUAUGCUGGAAGCCAUUCGCUCUGGAUCUGCCGCCGAGAGGCUAAAAAAGGUGGCUGCACCCAAGAAGACACUCCAAGUGAACGGCAGGCUGGGAAGAAUCCAAGCAGCCUCCUCUACGCCGCCCUCAUGGAAGGAGAACAUUUAGGAUGACGAUCAAUCGAUUUACAGCUCCUGUAUUUCAACGUUUUGGGGAGGUUUAUAUUAAAUGCGGAAUGACACAAAUUGUGAUAGAUAUUAUGAAAAUAAAAAUAUAAUUUUUAGAUAUGGUCCAGGUAAACUAGAUUAUUCAAAAAUGACAAAAACAAUAGCUUGGGAAACACUGUUUCUAAAUUGUGCCAUCUGUAUUGGAAGUCGUUUUUACUGAACAUUACACAAACCGUGUGCCAAUGAAAGCACAUUUAAAUGGUUUAUACUACUUACCUCACUUUGCUUUUCUUUUUUUGUUCCGAUCUGACCUACCAUAGAAAAGUUGUGGACGCCUUAACUGUUGCUCAGUCAGUGUUAUGUAUAUUAUGUUUGCUGUAAAUAAUUAUAUAGGGGGUGCAAUAAGUUGGAUCUGAUGAUUUUUCCAGAUUUGAACUAAUUUAUACUUGUUAAAGAUAUUAACACUUAAAUCGAUGUUUUUGAUUUCCUUGUGUAAAAGUGUAUUUGAUCCCGAUCUGGUCCAUGAUGCCAACCUCUCAGUUCUUGGCCCUGAGGAGGAGUACGACGGUGGUGACUGACUUGUGUCGUUGAGCUUAUUCGACUCCCAUUCUAGAUUCUAACCUUUUUGCUGCUGUUGAAAAUCUAAAGAAAUGCUCAUACGUGGUCAUAAAAUGUCUCCUUGCACAGUAGCAGUAGGACUGGCCGUGCCCUAUGAUCUAACUUGGUGUGUUAAAGAAAUGAAGAUAAACUUUGAUUGACAUUUGAGCAUUUUCAAAGCUAUUGUCAAUGAUGGAUGUGAGCAAAGGCACCAGUUUCACUAAUCAACAAGUCUCUACUAGUAUGUAAUGGUUCGUAAUACAAACCACCAGCUGGGAAAGCAGUAGUUUAGGUUCUCCAUGGCUUUGAUUUGGGCAAAUGUUGUACUCCAUUGCACUUCGCUGUAGGCAAGGUUUACAGUAUGUAGGAAUGUUGGCUACGGGUGACAGACAAACGCUAAAUGCUAUUUCUGUGGAUAAAGUAGGAUAUCCAUCCCAAAUCAUCUGUAGAAUGAAAAAAAAAUACCUGGAGCAUCCAUAUUCAGGUGCAAAUGCUUGCUGCUGCGGAGUGCAGGAGAAAUCUGAGAAAAGGGAGUUGAAGUCAUAGUUUUAUAGAGAUGAAUCUUAAGUCGUUCUCAGUUUCAAAGCUCAAAAAUAGUUUUGCUUUUUUUGGUUUAAAACGUGAGAGUAAACAAAUAAUGAGCUCUCCUGUAUGCAGGGGAAAUUUAAUUUCUGCUAGAUGGUUUCAUCUUAACACAAUAGCCUGCAGCACGUUGUACAUUUUGUGCACGAAAAAAAGCUUGUUGCCGUGAAAGAUUUGAUUAAAAACCUUGAUGGAGAGCCAUUUAACUGACGGGCUGAACCUUUUAUAAGCUGUUGCUUUUUCAGUUUUUAUGUGCACAUUGUUUUUCUGAAGGUUGCACAUUUUUUUUCUACCCUAAUUUUUUGAUUCAAUAAACAAUUUUGCAAUCAAGUGAAAACUGA